CUGCUGAUCACAUCCAUCUGGAUCCUGGGAUUGCGAGGUCAACAGCAUCCCGGACUGAAGAGCGACUGGAUCGGACGCACGCGACCAUCUCGCUCGUCUGCUUCUCGUUCCAUGCACCGACAACCUUGUCCAGCACCUCUUUGCGUCGCCCUGUGAUAUACACCUUGGCGCCCGCACUAGCGAGCCCCUGCGCAAUCAUGAGCCCGAUGCCCGUUCCGCCGCCUGUGACGAGCGCGACGAGGCCCGUCAGGUCGUAGAUGCUUUGGAGAGCAGAAGCUGACAUGGUCCUGGUAAUUCGCAGAUGGAUGGAUCAAGAAGAAUUGCUCGAGAUCUCAGGACUUAUAAUCCGGUUAUGUUCGGUCCGUGGUCCGCCUCAACCUGUAUGCACAACAGUGGUUGAUGCUUGAUCCACUUGGAGUAUUUCGGCAGUCCAGGCAGGAAAUGCGGGUGAAGAUGUCUGGGAGCCGCGACAUCGAAGGUUGUGGAGACGUGGAGUGUGUGGAGCAGGAAGAGGAGUGUGUUACUGCAAGAAAACAGAAACUGAGGCGGGCCGGUUCUACUGGGCAUGUGAUGCUCACGGUAACGUGUAUCCGAGCUUGUACCUUGUACAACAGUCAAUCCAUUCUACUCGAGUAGACUGUAUGAAACGGAGCGUGCGCCACGCUCUACCUGUAGGAACUGAGGAUGGGCGCGUAGUUGACGCGGGUUGUACGCGAGGAUUGGAGAUGUCACGCGCACGAUGACGUCGGGUAAUCACAACCGCGUCCGAGUCAUCGUAUCGGGCAAUCGAACUCUCUGCAGGCUUCACCCACGUCCAGCGCCUGGUAUGUUCCUGUCCCGCUCUGCACGACUCAGUCUGCGAUUGCAAACCAAAGGUUUCAACCGUACCCACAGAAAUAUGAGCACCACAUCGAACCUUCUGGACUACAGCUCGAAUGUGACCGCAGGACUCUCGCGAGUUACGGAGGGUAUCUUGACCUCCGGACAAGGAUCCUAUGUGCAGUACGACAAUGGCCGCAAAAUGUUGGACUUCAGCUGUGGGAUCGGUGUCACUAACCUGGGCCACUGUCAUCCCAAGGUCAGCAAAGCCGCCGCCGACCAAUGCAUGAACGUUGUACAUGUGCAGUGCAGCAUCGCGUUCCACGAGCACUACCUCCGCCUCGUCCAAAAACUACUGCCUCUGAUGCCCGAUCCGUCGCUUGACUCGUUCUUCUUCUGGAACUCAGGAUCUGAGGCGGUCGAGGCCGCCAUCAAAGUAGCUCGGAUGGUCACAGCACGCCAGAAUAUCAUCUGCAUGCAAGGUGCUUAUCACGGACGUACAUUCGGUGCAAUGGCGGUGACUCGGAGCAAGACCAUCUACUCGAAAGGAGUCCUGCCUGUCAUGCCGGGUGUAUUCACCAUGCCUUAUCCGUUCUGGCAUCAGCUGGGACAGCCCUCCGACAAACCUGAAUCGGAGCUCGUAUCUCAGUGUCUUUACCAGCUCGAUCUCCUCCUCCAGCAGCAGACCGCGCCGACGGAUACCGCGGCUAUCAUCAUCGAGCCAGUCCUGGGCGAGGGAGGCUAUGUGCCGGCCCCCGCAUCUUUCUUACGCGGACUGCGAGAAGUAUGCGACAAGCAUGGCAUCAUGCUCAUCAUCGACGAGGUGCAGAGCGGAUUCGCGCGCACAGGCACCUUCUUCGCGAUCGAAGGGAGUGGUGUCCGACCGGAUAUCAUGAUCAUGGCCAAGGGUCUGGCUAACGGAUUCCCGCUGAGCGGCAUCGUGAGCAGGAAAGAGGUCAUGGACAAGAUGCCGGUUGGCUCCAUGGGUGGAACGUACGCUGGAAAUGCCGUCUCUUGUGCCGCAGCAUGCGCUGUUGUGGACGUAAUGCAGGAGGAAAAUAUCCUGGCGAAUGUGAACGCUCGUUCGUCCGAACUUUUCGCGGCACUCGACGAUGUCAAAGCAGCUAACCCGUCGACUGUCCUGGACGUCCGUGGCCGAGGGCUCAUGGUCGCAGUCGAAUUCGAAGGCAAGGGAAUGGCUGCCCGGGUGGCCAAGAAGUGCAUCGAAAAAGGAAUGAUCCUCCUCACGACCAGUGUCUACGAAGUCGUGCGGUUCAUUCCGCCGUUGAACAUUUCCAAGGAAGAUCUAGCCAAGGGUGCAGCAAUCUUCAAGGAUGCAGUCGACGAAGCGGUGAAGGAGGCGUGAGGGAUUAGGGAUUGAACUCAUACAUGCUGUAUGAUACCAAACGGAAAUUAUUCGAGGAUUUGUUUGCAAAA